AUGAAUCAGAAUGAGGACACAGAGGAGGGAGCCCCUCACUCUAAAAUUACUCGGCUACCAGAGUGUGAAGCUCUGCGUUGUGAUGAGAAUCUUUUAUGGUACGUUCACACCAAAUGCAAAUAAAAUCAUUUGCAUGAGUGAAUUACAUGUAAGAUUAAUGUAAUGACAUAGACAUAGAUUGCUGUCUGACAAAUGAUGCAAUGAGGCAGCGCAAAUAGUGUGAAUUGAAGAGAAUAUUUGCAGGAAUUGAGCAGGUAAAUGACUUUGACUGUGAACACAACAUGACUGUCCAGGUCACUUAACCUUGACACUGUUCAUUACAUCACUUCACCAUCAUUUUUUAUACUCCCAUCACAUCUGCUGCUCAACUACAGAAUAGGAGCUUACACCCGCUGAUAAUGUUAUUUGUUUGUAUCAGGAUGCAGGAGCAAAGACCAACAUCUCCUGGACCAAGCUGCGAUUCCAUGAAGAGUGACCAGUCUAAAGAGCUCGGUUUUAUCUUUAAAGGUGGACAUUCUGCAGAUGAAAAGUAAGAUCUAAAGGUUAAAUUUUAUUGUCUUCCUCUCCUUAGAAAAUACUGAAAUCAUGGCCCAGAAAUAUAAAUACUUUCAUUGAUCAACUCUUUUUUAGUUUCACGAUGAAGAAGCAGCGUCCAUCAUCUCCUGGACCCAGCUGUAUUUCCAUGAGGAGUGACCAGUCUAAAGAGCUUGGUUUUAUCUUUAAAGGUGGACAUAGUGGAAAGUAAGAAUUCAAAACUUUGUCAUCUUCCACAUGUGAAUCUGUGUUACAAGUCCACAAAUGUGAAUUCUGUUGAGUUCAAUUCAUUGACACAGUGUGUUUGCUCUGGUUAAAGAAAUUUAUUAGUGCCUCUUUGUUCUCAAGCAUGCUUUAAUAAGUAGACAAUAUAGAAAUAACUAAGCGAGUUUUGGUAAAACUCUAAUAUAAAACAUUCUCAUGGAGAACAGACAUUAAAUGAUUUAAACAAAAAUGUAACAUGCUUUUAGAAAUUGUAUAGAUGAAGAUUUUCUCUGUUCAAUUUAAAACAAUGUAAACAGACACAUAAUUCAACUAUGUGAAUUCACACUAGUAAAUGGGUAAUUUAUUCCAUCCACAUUAAUUAACACGCAGUGCCACGCAUACCUUAUUGGUCGUGUUAACUCAAGGGGAGUAAACAGAAAACUUUGAGCUUCGCUGGUCUUCACUUUACAAGUCUUUUAAGAAUAUUAUACAAAGGAACUUCAUUUACCAUCCUCCUCUCCCAUAAGUGCUCCCAGCAGCGCAGGGAGCAUGGAUGUGUCGCUGAAAACAAUAACCUGUCCCUCACUGUUGCUCCUGAACAUUAGUUCCUCAAUGAAGUGAUAGGACAUAAAUGCCCAUGUGUUUUAAAUCAUAUUUAUUAAUUCUAAACUAAUGAUUGUAACUCUUGAUUUUUGUCGUUUUAACAUAUCACUGAGUUUAACUGACUGAGUCUAAUGGCAGCUACAACAAACAUCUCAUUUUGAUGAAAUUAAAAAAUGAUGAAACUGCCAAGGGGACUUUUUAGAUUCUUCUCCUUCCUCUUCAUAUCCUUCUUCUUCUGACUUAUUUUAGCUUGAAAACAACUCUAUUCCCUUCUUUAUAGCUUUUUGUGAUGACAGGCUUUUGUGUUUUAUGAAACCUCUUCCUUUCUGGUACUCCUCCCACUCUUUCUGCCAUAUUUCCAUUCCUUCCCUUUCCUCUUGAUUUUUGCUUUUCUUUCCGCUUUUAUACACACACACACACACACACACACACACACACACACACACACACACACACACACACAGUGUCCAAUGCACCUCUUGAUGAAUACAAGAUCGAAUGUAGGAACAGAGAAGUGACAGUCUUCUUGAAAUGAUCUUUUUCAUUAGUACUGUUAUUAAUCAGCUCCCUGUUGAUGUCAGGAUGAGGAAGCAGAGUCCAAAGUCUCCUGGACCCAGCUGUUUGUCCAUGAAGAGUGACCAGUCUAAGGACCCCCCAAUGACCUUCAAAUGUGGACAUGCUGAUGAAGAGUAAGAAUUAAAAACUCAAGUUUAUCUCUUUUUCUUGAUAAAGUACUCAUAACUCAGCCCAGAGGGUCAGAAUGUGUUGCAGAACCCAUUAGAACAUUGUUCAGAAAUGAUAUCCCAGUGUUCACCGGUACAACAGUCAUCUGUCAAGAAUCAUGUGAUUAGGCUAACAUGAUGAAAAAAAUCAGUAUGUUUGCGUGUCUCACAAAACAUCUCAUCAGAGGAGCAGCAGACUUCAGAGAUGGAUUUUCAUAGACUGAGGUCAUGAUCUUGGAAGAUCUCACAUUGACAAUCUGAACAAAUAAAUGAUGAUCUGAUAUUCAUGCAGGUCUGGACCUCUAACACUAUUUUAAGUCAAAGGGAAAUUCAAGUUACCACUUUCAUCACUCCAUACAGCACAGAACCCCAAACACGAAUGAACCCACAGCCAAGAAAAUGCGCCAGACAUCUGGCUCUGAUCAAUACGUAUAAUAAGGUGUGCUUAAAUAUACAACCUUCUUAUUUAAAUGACAUCACCGGUUCCAUGCAAAAAGGGCUUCUUAAAAAUCACUGUCUACCUUUGAGUCAAACCUAUGUCAUACUCAAACCACAUGUCCCCAGCUGGGAGUAAAACCAUAUACUGUAUAUAAAAUGGAUGGCAUCCAUUCUACACUCACCGGCCACUUUAUUAGGUAUACCUGUCCAACUGCUCGUUAACACUUAAUUUCUAAUCAGCCAAUCACAUGGCGGCAACUUAGUGCAUUUAGGCAUGUAGACAUGGUCAAGACAAUCUACUGCAGUUUAAACCGAGCAUCAGUAUGGGGAAGAAAGGUGAUUUGAGUGACUUUGAACGUGGCAUGGUUGUUGGUGCCAGAAGGGCUGGUCUGAGUAUUUCAGAAACUGCUGAUCUACUGGGAUUUUCACGCACAACCAUCUCUAGGGUUUACAGAGAAUGGUCCGAAAAAGAAAAAAUAUCCAGUGAGCGGCAGUUCUGUGGGCGGAAAUGCCUUGUUGAUGCCAGAGGUCAGAGGAGAAUGGCCAGACUGGUUCGAGCUGAUAGAAAGGCAACAGUGACUCAAAUAACCACCCGUUACAACCAAGGUAGGCAGAAGAGCAUCUCUGAAUGCACAGUACGUCGAACUUUGAGGCAGAUGGGCUACAGCAGCAGAAGACCACACAGGGUGCCACUCCUUUCAGCUAAGAACAGGAAACUGAGGCUACAAUUUGCACAAGCUCAUCGAAAUUGGACAAUAGAAGAUUGGAAAAACGUUGCCUGGUCUGAUGAGUCUCGAUUUCUGCUGCGACAUUCGGAUGGUAGGGUCAGAAUUUGGCGUCAACAACAUGAAAGCAUGGAUCCAUACUGCCUUGUAUCAACGGUUCAGGCUGGUGGUGGUGGUGUCAUGGUGUGGGGAAUAUUUUCUUGGCACUCUUUGGGCCCCUUGGUACCAAUUGAGCAUCGUUGCAACGCCACAGCCUACCUGAGUAUUGUUGCUGACCAUGUCCAUCCCUUUAUGACCACAAUGUACCCAACUUCUGAUGGCUACUUUCAGCAGGAUAAUGCACCAUGUCAUAAAGCUGGAAUCAUCUCAGACUGGUUUCUUGAACAUGACAAUGAGUUCACUGUACUCAAAUGGCCUCCACAGUCACCAGAUCUCAAUCCAAUAGAGCAUCUUUGGGAUGUGGUGGAACGGGAGAUUCGCAUCAUGGAUGUGCAGCCGACAAAUCUGCGGCAACUGUGUGAUGCCAUCAUGUCAAUAUGGACCAAGCUCUCUGAGGAAUGCUUCCAGCACCUUGUUGAAUCUAUGCCACGAAGAAUUGAGGCAGUUCUGAAGGCAAAAGGGGGUCCAACCCAUUACUAGCAUGGUGUACCUAAUAAAGUGGCCGGUGAGUGUAUAUUCUAUGUAUGGUUUUACUCCACCCCAAGAACAGCACACUCUAGUGGGGCAACAGUAUAGGUCAUAAAUCCUGCCUCCUCCAGCAAACCUUAUGGAGUUGUGGAAAAACUGUGUAGUAGCAGGCUGCAGCUACAUGCAACCAUAGCACUUUAACACAAGACGCCGACAGCACUGUUGGUGAGAAGAAAAGAAAAUAGUGCUACCCCCCACAGAAAUGCAGAUGAAGGCUCAAUCUAUGACAACAUCCUCGAUGUCGGUGGUGUGGAGGUAUUUUAGUUUUUUGAGGUCUGACAUGAAGUAGAGUAGGGCUGCAGCUAUCGAUUAUUUUAGUAAUCGAGUACUCUAUCGAUUAAUCUGUCGAUUAAUCGAGUAAUCGGAUAAGAAAUGUUUUGCUCUCACUGUAAUACUUUGCAUUGAAUCACGUUUGCCUCAGAGCGGACUUAAUGCAUGGACCGGGUGUUUUCUUUUAAGGUGCUGCAGCAUUGACGACGUGCUGUUGUGAAACGCCAACUCCGCCUUACAGUGAACGCACUGCACGGCGUUUUCUUUCCUUUUCAGUGUGUAAUGGUCCCACACUUUAGACACUUUCUGCCGUUUCCUCUGCGUGUCAUCUCUUUCUUCCUCUCUCUGUCUGUCCACGUUUCCCCCCAUGAUUGAACCAAACGCGCCAUAGACAUAAUAAAAGAUAGACCCCGCAUCGGCCGCUACCACGAAUGGGCGCUGUCGAGAAAUGCGGCCGCCAUCUUGGUCCGGUCAUCCGCCUCACUCUGCACCGCUGUUUAACCGGCGGAAUGAAGUCUGAGCGCAUUAAUGAAUCAUAGAUCGCUCAAUACUACGUAAUUUUCUUCUCUGCAAACGCCAUUCAAAGAGGCAUGAUAGAGGCCUUAUUUUUUUUGGCGUUUUCAAAUACUCAGAAUGAAUAAAAUGAUAUUUUAGAACAUGGCAGCAGUGGCUGUAUUAUAGUAUAACAAUUAAUCAAGGAUAUAUUUAGGUUUAGAGCUAGGUUCCUGCUAUGUCUCAAUAAUUAUUAAUAACUGGCGGUAUUAAUAGGCCAAUUCAAUAUAUAUUGCUUUGAUUAUAAUUUUUUAUAUAGUUUAAUUUUAUUUAUCCAUUUGUAGACACACACAAAUAAUGUCAUAUAGAAGCACUAUUUUAAUAACUGGAAAAUACACACAAAUAUAUAGCCUACAUAUCAAAAAGAUUUAAACACAAGAACAGCAUGACAGGACAGCAUCUAAACUACAUAUCAAUUUGCUUGUUGGCUACACAGCACAGAGGAAUCACUUGCUGCGAAUUUCUCCCUCUAACAGCAAUCUCCCACUUCUUCCUCAAGUUUUUGUCCUUAGGAAAUCUUCAAAAUGAAACAGGAGAUCACCACAAAGAAAUCUUUAAUAAAACAGAUAAUAAAACAGAGCUCACUUUCUUCCUUUUUCUUUCUAUUUUAUUUCUUAACGUUUCUUAGAACCUCUCUCAAACAAAAGUUUUUCAAUCUAAUGCAAAUCUGUUGAUAAUCGACCAAAGUUGCUAUUAUUGUGAAUAAGCUAGCUGUUCGCAAAUGCUGUUUCCUUUUUGGAGUUGACCGAUAGUCUUCCUCUUUGGCCUACAAAUGACUCUACAGUCAAGUGUAAUGUUUAAAAAACGUUUAAUCAUAACUGUGAAAAGUUAUUUCUUGAGCCCUGUUCUCUGCUGUCCGCCUGUUGGCACAGGAAUACGCCGCACAGUGCUCCGGCAUCGCUGAAUGAAUGAAUAUGAUUGACCGGAGCGUAUGGGAAGCUUGACCUGACCAAGAUGGCGGCCGCAUUUCUCGCUGCGCAGCACCCCCAGCGGGGUCUACCCUUUUAUUAUGUCUAUGAAACGCGCGGCAGCGGAAGGAGCGGAAAGAGCACGCUGCUGCGCAACAGAAAUAACCGUCCGUGUCAAACACCGUGCGCUGCACAUGGUUCCGGAUUUAAACGAUUCCUCGAGGCAUGAAAUUUGCCUCGAGGAAUUUUAUUAAUCGAGUUACUCGAGUUACUCGAGUAAUCGUUUCAGCCCUAAAGUAGAGUAAUGUGUACUGUAAAUUAUGUCGAGUACAUGUUCUCACAAAGUCGGAGAAUACCUCAAAUCUUUUUCACCACCUGAAGCAGCGCCACGCCGCAGAGUACACGCAAUGCAAAAAGUUACAAACCCUGAGCGGAGCAAGGAGCCCAUGGCGCCUGUGCAGCCGAAACAGGCGACCAUUCAGUCUGCUUUCUCUAGAGCAACGCCUUAUGACAAAACAUCAAAGCGACACAAAGACCUCACAGAUGCAGUAGAUUAUUGUAUUGCAAAAGACAUGCGACCAAUAAACACUGUUACAUUUCAUUGUUUAAAUCGUGAUAUAUAUCGGCUGAUAUGAAAAAAAAUAUACCGUAAAAAACUUCUUCCCAUAUCACCCAGCUCUACAUGUAGUUACUGUCAGACUGGUUUGUGCUCAAGUCCUCUUUUUUUCUGUGCAGCUCCAUUUUUAAAAGUUAUUAGGGGGUUCAUGUUUUCUUAUUGACUUACUAGUGCCACCCUUCCGUAUAAAUCAUGAACUACAUGUAAUCCUUGCAUGUCAAUUUAACAAUCUAUUAGCUAAAACUUGCAUAGUUAACACUAUAGAUACUGUUAGGAUUUAUUGUUCAAUCAUAAGAAAUUGUUUAUGGAGUCCCUUAUAACCCAUACCAAAAUAUAAACAUCAAUCCAAUUUUAUCCUACACACUAUGGUCUGUGGAAGUAAGAGUUGCUGAAACCAGGCACCCUGUUGUUUUUAGAGGAUGAAUUUCAGCUGAGAAAGUGCAGUGUUACCUUCGCUACGCUUACUGUUCCUGUAGAGACUCAAAACAUGGUUUUAAGUUCUUCCUUACUUGUUAUUGUCCAUAGUCUGACUCCAGUUCUGCCUCCAAAGAUGAUUGCAAAAAUUAUUUUGCAAUAGGAGUUUUGCUGCAAAUAAAGGGUAACCCUUAGUGAACCUCUCCUCCAUGUGACCUAACAGGCUCUCACAGGUUUCUGUCAUGACUGCAGUCAUGUUGGUUUCCUCCUUUUUAUUUCCUGCUGCUUUACUUUAAUGUACAAUCACAUCAGCUUGUUCCCUGGUUGAUGUCAGAAGUAUCUAUGUCCCAUUCUUGCAAUGCCCUGUUUAGGUUCCUGGAUGUGCAUGGAUGGACCACAGGCCUCACUGACUGACUCCCUGUGCCAUCUGUCCUGUGUGUGAAUGUUGUCCAAUAAUCCUUUUCCAUGAUCUAGUCUUGAAAUUACACCAUGUGGAUGGAGGUCCUUGGAUGUGUCUGUGCCACGAUGGUAUUGUUUUGAAGUACUGUAUGUAGUCUAAAGGUACUACAGAAUACAAAAAUGUUGACAACUUUUGAUGGGUUGCUUUUAAUCUUUCACCGUCUGGUGAGGUACACUUUUGUGCCUGCUUUGCAGGCUGAUAAGUCAACAAAGAUGUUUCAAAAACUACUGCAUAAUUACUAGGGCUGUAAAGUCCUAGUCAACUUGUCGACUUAUUGUGUCGACUAGUCGACUGUGAUGACGCUCGGUUCAAACAGCAUAUCCCCCAGGUGAGCUAUGCAAUCUUCGCACGCCCAUAGGCUGUAUGUAUCAAGUGUCAAUCAUAGAAAACAUGAACCCCCUAAUAACUUUUAAAAAUGGAGCUGCACAGAAAAAAGAGGACUUCAGCACAGACCAGUCUGACAGUAACUACAUAUCAACAUCACAAGCAGGGGGGAGAAAAAUGUAGUUUGUAGCAAAUGUAGUUGCCGAGACUAACCCUGCACCAAGCGCUUCAAAGCCAGAAUAUCUUCAGUGUGCUGUGUUAUCAACUCUCCUAAAACUUGAUGUUUUCUCUGCAGGCUUCAGCAGAGCUCAGAAGAUCAAAGCAAUCAGUCAGACCAGCAGCAUCAAACAAACCUGGACUCCAUAUUUACGGUGUUUAAGACAAUGAUUCAUAUGUUUACAAAGAAUUACAAUUGCUAAGAUUUUCAUGCUGAAUCAUCAGCUGACCUUUAAUAUGACAGAUGUUGUGUUCUGCCAGUUUGAACUAAAUAUCGAGUGUUUCUGUUCCAGCUGCUGGAGAUGGACAUUGUCACCUUUGUGAGGAAGGAGCUGAGGAGAGUCCGAAGGGCUCUGAGUUCAGAUGACCCAUCAUGUUUAGAGAGUCAGAGUGAGGAUGAGGAGGUUUUGGAUGGUGAGGAUAAAGAGCAGGGGAGGAGCAGCAGAGAAGCUUUUCUGAAAAUCACUUUGCAUUUCUUGAAGAGGAGAAAGCAGGAGGAGCUGGUUGAGUGUCUGCAGAGCAGUAAGAAGAUUUUAACAGAUUUCACAUAA